CGGUGAAACGUGUGGUGUUCGGAAAAUUUGAAUUUUUGAUAUUGGAAAAACGUUUACCGGUUUUUUGGUUGAUUGAUUGAAAGUGAAGUGUUGUAAAGGUUACAAAUCAUUUUGUAAGAAAUCUCCGAAAUACCUCAUAAUAUGAAGCUUCUCCUCAUCAGUGCGUUAGCGGUGGUGUGCUUAGCAGAGCCUCCAGUGGACAAUAGAUACCUGCCGCCACAGUCAGGGGGCGGAGCACCCUCGGCGUUAUACGGAGCCCCCGGGGCAGGCUUCCAGAGACAGACUGAUGCUGUGUUCAGAAGCCGUGGCCCAUCCCGCGCUGGUGGUCGUCGCCCUUCGUCUCAGUACGGUGCCCCUCGCUCAGGCCAAGGCCAAUUCAACGCUCCAUCCACCCAAUACGGUGCCCCUGGACAAGGAAACCAGCCAUCAUCGCAGUAUGCAGCUCCAUCGGCUCAAUUUGGAUCACAAUCUGCCCAAUUCGGAUCUCCUUCGACCCAGUACGGUGCCCCAUCUGCCCAAUUCGGAUCUCCUUCAACUCAAUACGGAGCUCCGUCUGCCCAGUUUGGAUCUCCUUCUUCCCAGUAUGGUGCUCCAUCAGCCAAUGCUCCUUCGCAGCAAUAUGGUGCUCCUGGAUUUGGCGGUGCUGGUGGUCACUCCCAAGGCGGUUCCUUCGGUGGUCAGUCCUACAGAGGUCAGGAACAGAGUCGCCAGUACUUGCCUCCUGGCUCUGGUGCCAAUGGUUACGGUGCUGACGAUGGCAGCAACGGGGAGCCCGCAAACUACAACUUCGAAUACAUGGUAAAAGAUGACGCUUCGGGCAAUGACUUCGGACACAGGGAGUCCAGGCAGGGAGACAGAGCUGAGGGCCUGUACUAUGUGCUGCUUCCAGAUGGCAGGAAACAGACUGUCCAAUACGAAGCAGACCAAGACGGCUACAAACCCAAGAUCUCCUACGAAGACACUGGUCUCGGUCAGGGAGGCUAUGACAGAAAUAGCCAGUCAGGCUACAAUGGCAACGGCAACGGCUACCAAGGCCAGGGUGGACCUUACUAAACGGCUAUUACCAACGAAAUGAGGUCCGUAAGUCUAAAAAAAUACCAACAUAUAGUAUGUUUUUAGACUGCUAUAAAUUGUAUUAAUGAUGUUUGAUUGUUGUUUUUAAAAGUGAGAAAUCAUUAAUAAUUUUAAUGUCAUGGACCUGAUAAAACAUAGAAACUGGAAUUAUGGCGAUGUAAUUUGACAUUUGAUAUAUUUUAUCUGUGCAAAAAUUAGGCGGGAAUGUUUGGUUAUGUCUGUCAGAAAUGAAAAUAUUACUUUUAUUAAAUGUGCCGUAAUAUGUCAUUUUGUGUAUAUUGUUUAUAGAAACCUUUGCUAUUACUUAGAAAGAUAAAUGUGUGAAAAGAAAUUUAAUAUUUUCAUUUUUGACAAAGAUUUUUUGAGAUUAGUUUUAGACGACGACUUACGCUGUAUUUAAUGGAUACGAGUCAUUAAAAGACUAAUGUACAAAACGCUUAUUUAGUUGUAGGUUUGCUAGGAAAAAAAUCUAUAUAAAAUACUCUAUCUUCUAUAUACUUUUCAAAUAAUAUUAAUUCUGUUUAUUCUUUAUACUUGAACGGCCAGUAAUUUAAAAUAUCUACAUAGAUAGGUAAAUGGACGAAAUACUCUCUAUUUUUAUAUAAAGAACCACUCUAUGUUUAUCUUAUAUUAAUAUGUAUUCAUAUGAAUUCUA